CUUGGCUACGUUAGUGGUUGUUUUCCAAACGAUGGUUAUGUGUGGCUCUGUUUUCCUUAUCUCCUUCCCACUCCUCUUCUCCCAUUUCUCUACAAAACCCUUCUCUCAGCUAUUGUUCAUUAAUCCAUGGGAGUUGGAGAAUUGGAGAGUUGGGGCAUUUACCUUUCUCCAAUCUCCAUCCCCUCUAUGGCUUCUCAGUUUAAUUCAAUGCCCUUACCAGACAUGUCCAGGAAAGAGAAUGGACAGCCACAUGAGGAGGACUCGGCAAGACAUGAGCUGCAGCUCUCAGACUUGCUGUUAUCAGAUACAAUUAGAGAACUCCAUGAGACCAUCAACAAUGAAUGGGACUCCCUUCAACGUACUGCAUGCCAGACGGCGGCCGGGAGAGCCUUGUGGAAGCAUGUGACCCAUGACCCACUUGCAGAGGUUCUGGCUGGAGAGACCUACCUGAGAAGCCUCCAUGAGAAGAUGACAAGAGACCGACUCAAUAGUGCCCGUGAAGUUUCUGGAGUCAUUCUUGCUGUCCGAACCCUCUGGUUUGAUGCAAAGCUUGAAGCAGCUCUCAACUCUUUUAAUGGUGGAGAUGCCCAGGUUGUUCUACUGGGUGCAGGAAUGGAUGCCAGGGCAUACCGUCUGAGCUACUUGAAAGGAAUCAAUGUUUUUGAGGUUGAUUUCCCUGAGCUCCUUCACAUGAAGGCCACUCUUCUACAAGCAGCCAUAGGAUCCACCAAUGAACAUGAACAACUGAAAAUGAUAGCUAAAUCCCUAACCCGAGUAGCUGCUGAUAUCAGAGAAGAUGACUGGUCCGAAAAGCUUCAAAGAUCUGGUUUCUUUCCUGAGAGGAAUACAGUUUGGGUUCUUGAAGGGAUCCUUUAUUACCUCUCCCACCCCCAAGCAUUGCAGGUUGGAGACCCAGAUGCCAAUUUUGGACUCAUGCAUGACCCCCUAAAUCUAUUCAACAAGAUCAGAAACCUGCCCAGGUCAGUCCAAAUACACCCAGAUGAUGGAACUCCAUGUAACCGCCUCUACUUGGUGCAGGCCACAGGCUCACCCAACCAUAGCAUUCCAUAGAAGGUCAACUUCUUAUAAAUACAGACACCACACAUGAGUUCAAAGGUAAUUAAUUGUAGGCAUUAGCAGCAGUGUUUAUUGUGGCAUUAGGAAUACCAAAUGCAUCCUUAAACUAGCUAGAGAAGUAUAUAUAUAAUGGAUAUUUUUUGUUUCCUGGACAAGCUUCACAACUUGAUGAUUGAAGUGUACAUCAGCUUACCUUCUUUCUACUUUCUUUUCCUCUUCUAUAAACCCCUCCACACCCCACCCCCUUUUCCUUUUCCUUUUUCCCCUCCUCCUUCCUCUCCCUUCUACUUCUUUCUUCUAAUAUCUUUUUCCCUCAACAGUAGUAUUGGUUUUGGCCACAGCCAAUAUCGAUAUCAAUACCUACGUAGACUGGGCCACAACGGAGUGUUUUGUCCUCGGUGUUUUAGACCAUUUUACCCUCCUUGUAUCAAUGCCAACACUAUGCUAUCAGUGGAUUCAGAUCCUCUCCAGCCAUUCCAGCAAUACACAAAACCUCGAGAGGAAGAGGUCUCAUUGCACCCUGACCCAGUGCCGUGUUAAUCAGACACGCUAUUCUGAUUCUUGCCAGGUGUCAAGCAUCCACACCUAGUGCCACUUUAGUCAGACUAACGUCUUGGCAUGUGUCAUGCGACACUAUAAGCGUAUUAUAGUGAGUGUCACAGGUGGACACUUCAAUAAUUCACCUCACUAAGCUGGAAAACAGUGGGUCCUCCCACGUGGAAUGCCAGAAAAUCUUUUCGUGGCUUAUUUUAGUCACACACCUAGACUAUGGACAAAAUAACUUUCGGCCGAAGCUUAUCAAUUUUUGACACACACCCCACACCUUAUUAGGUUGUUCAGUUGUCAUACUCGGUUGGUUUGAUGCCCAUUCGACGCCAUCUCCAUCAAGGCCCAUCAGCAUCCCUCAACCACAAUUUGUUGCAAUUUGGUGUCCGCCAUCUAUAAAGGAGAUCUCUUUAUUCUUUGAGGACACCAUGAAAUAUGCAAAGAAAUAUAAAGAUAUAUUAGUUUGUGAGUGUUUUGUAUUUUGGAAAUUCUGUGAGUGUUCUGUAAACAUUUCAAGUAUUGUGCUAUCCACAACUGUUCGUGUUCAAGUCUGUAAAUUGAAGUUUCUUAUGUAAAUUUGUAUUCCUUACC